AUUGAUUCGAAUUAUGUCAUUUAAAUAAACGAAUUAUUAAAAAAAAAUUGAUGUUUAAUUUCACCGGAUGGGGUUAUAUGGUGAGACGGGUUUGAAUCGGUAUUAAUAUGGGACGGUAUACUACAGGCAAAAUCUUAGAAUUAACAAUAAUAAUACAAUUAUAUAUUCUUAAACACUGAAAACAAACAAUAUUACAAAAAAAAUACUACAUCUUAAAAUUUAAACGUUUUAGUUACAAUCUAGUAUAUGUUAUAACUAAAUACUAAUAGUGAAGGAAAUCUUGUGCCAACAAUAGUAAUUCAGAUGUAUGUGUAUAUAUAGAAUACCAGAAAAACAGAAACCAAAUCUAUAAAACCAAAGAUCUAAACAUCUACCAAAACGUAAGAAAAAAAAAUGAAUAAAUUAUUAGUCUUUCUAUUUGUUUUUAGCAUUUGCAUGCUAGACCAUGUAUCCGGCGGCGGAUUUAGGAUCUCGAACGAACUCAAAAACAAGAAACGUCUCUGGAUGAGGUGUUAUUCCAAAGAUGACGUAUUAGGUCCAAACAUAAUACCAAUCGGACAACAUUAUGAAAAUCUUUUCGAUAUAAACUUUUGGCAUACAACGCGUUUUAUGUGUACUUUGAGACAAGGUCCUAACUAUAGGCACUAUCAGAACUUUACAGCAUUCAAGCUUUUCGCUAUGGCAGAUCAAGGAGGCCUAUGGGAUUGGAGAGCAAGAGAAAAUGGGAUCUAUUUAAAGAAAGAAGCUGGCGAGUAUGUUUAUAACGCGGUUUGGAUGCAUAAAGAGUAUGAUUGGAUAUAUUAAAAUUGUUAACAAGCUACCUAAGAAU